AUGGUAGCUGAAGUGCUGAGCCAGAACUUCUCCCACUUGAUCAGGAACAAAAUAAUCUCGGGUGUGAAAGUGGCUUCUACCCUUCCCCCAGUGGUUAUGCAACAAUUUGUUGAUGACACUUUCCUGUUUGGUCAGUCAUCUGUUAUUGAAGCUAAGGAAUGGAAACACUUGUUGGAGGAUUACGCCUUGGCCUCAGGACAACUUAUUAACUAUAACAAGAGUAAAAUUUAUUUUUUCAACACUGAUAGGAAUCUCCAAAAUAAGAUAAUCCACAUUCUUGGAUGUUGUGCUGCUAAUCUCCCCGGUUCCUACCUGGGUCUUCCCCUCACGGUUAAGGAGGUCACCCCCAAGUUUUGGGAGUCUAUACUGGAAAGGAUGCAGAAGAAACUGGCUGGUUGGUCAGGCAAAACUCUAAGCGGUGCUGACAAACUGCAGCUUUUGUCAGCUUCCCUUCAAGGUGUCCCUGUUUAUUUCCUAUCCUUAUUUAAGAUCUCCAUUGCUAUGGUGGAGAAACUUGAAAAAAUCCAAAGAAGUUUUCUGUGGACGGGUAUGGAGGAAAAAGCUAGAAUAAGUCUUGUCAACUGGGAGCUGGUGUACAAACCCAAGUACAUGGGAGGCCUAGGGAUCAGAAUUUCAGACUUGAAUAAGGCCUUGCUGACUAAAAUCACAUGGAAUCUUGUGAUGGGUAAUGCUGACUCGUGUAAGAUUAUGAGGGCUAAGUACUUCAACCACACCCCAUUUUCUUCCCUUGUUUCCUCUAAUGACCUCCCUUCAGGCUCUAAAAUAUGGAGCAACAUUGUCAAAAGUUAG